GAAAGAGAGGCCGCAGGAUACCUCAACCCUAACGGCUAUGAAGUCUUACCUGUGCUUUCACUACAGAGCAAAAGCUAGGCCAUUAAUUGCCGCAGCGUGCCAUUACGUAUUUUUCUCUACCUUUCUUAACAAGUAUUGCUCAGGGCUCAUUGUGUACCCAAGGCUUCUCGAAAGCAGGGAUCAAAGUGGCCAACUCAUCUUGCACGUUCAUGAUGGUCUAACCCUUACUCUGGAAAAGAGCUCUGUACUAGCGAAGGAUUUACAAUUUGUAUCUUCAUCCUAUACAGAUUCUUAUACAGAAAUCCUAAACGGGAAAGAACUCGAAAAAAACUUGUAUCAUGAUAGGACCCAUCAGUCAUCUCUCAUCGUAGAUCAAGUACCAGAAGGCGGCGUACGAGUGCGAGGAAUUCUCACUCAUAACCGUAGGAUCACCCCACUUGAUGUGUCCAGCCGCUCUGCUGCUGGUGGCGGUGCACAUGUGGUAGAAGAAAUAUCGACGCCAACGCAAGAGGAAGGUGGAGGUGAAAUUAUUGGAAGUGGUGAGAUGGACGGAUGCGAUCCUAAAGAUUUCGGAAACCGGAAAAUUAACCCGAAUACAACUGACAAAUUUGUUGUGGAGGUUUGCAUAGUGACGAGCACCUUAUAUAACCAUUCAUUUACCUCAACAAAAGAUCUUGUCGAAUACAUGGCGGCUUUGUUUAAUGGGGUUCAGCUGCGAUAUACUGACAUGACAGAUCCCAAGAUUUUCUUACAGCUAAACCAACUAGCAGUGAUUCCGGGUGAAUUUCUCUUGGGAGAUCAAAUUUGCACUGGAUCUAAUGACUCGCAAGCUCUUGACGAAGGGCCUGCUGUCUGCGGCUUUGAUGCUGAAGGAGCACUAAACAAGUCCACUGAAUAUGUGACUGCCUGUGUCGCCACCAACUGCGAUAUUGUUUAUGUUGUCGUCAGGGAAGACCUGACGUACAUGAACAAUGGCACAAUUUCUACACAGGUGCAAGGUAUAACUGAAAUUGGUGGAGUUUGCUCAGAUGACAAAGUCGCCGUUGGAGAAGACGUACCAAAAAUGUUCACCGGUAUCACAACGAUGGCACAUGAAAUUGCACAUUUGCUAGGCAGCGACCAUGAUGGCUGCCCAAAUGCAACAAAUUGUUCUGCACAGUACGGAAACCUAAUGUCCAGCAUAAGUACAGACAUGAAGAACAAGUCGGUACUCUCAGAGUGCAGUAAAGAACAGAUUCGUUUUCUAGUCAAAAGGCUGCCGGACUCAUGUUUGUACGUUAACACAACUGCAAACUUUACAAAUGAUUUUUAUCCUGGAGAGAACAUCACUGAGGAAGAGUUCUGUAACUUAACGCAUCCAGACAUACCAGUCGUGGUGUCUCACAGGAAUGGUACGCUGGAAUGCCAGAUUACAUGUUGCUGGAAUGGGACAGAGAGUGAAAACUAUUAUGAGGAAGCUGACGAGGAAGAUUCAAGUGACACUGACUCGACUAAUGAAAAUUACGAAUACGGAGAAUAUGAAGAAUAUUGUGAGUAUUAUGACAGGCUGGACGGAAUGACAUGCGGCGAAAACAAGACAUGCUACAAAGGAAUCUGUGGCAAUCACAGCUGGGAUGAAAUAAGGCAUAAAUAUCACACUAACCGGACGUUCAAAGAACCUGAAUCGUAUAUUGCAUCCCUGUAUGCCGAUUAAGCAAACUUACGUUUCCUUCAAGCACGCAAGCGUUUCUCGUGCAAAGUAGCUGCGAUAAAUAUUAGAGCUCACAUCGCCUGCAGGGAUAUCAGAACUCAAGUUUUCGCAAGAGCUGAAGAGUUAGUUUGCAUUGCUACGUUGCAAAAAACGUUCCGCAGGUUUCUGGCAAGGUCGAAGCAAAAAGUAAAUAAAUAUGGAAGCCACCAUUAUCUUAGCCAAUACAAUAGAAGGAGCAAUUUUCUUUCUCUAAAUAAUUAACAUUAUUGUUUCAAAGUGAUACUUCUUUGUCACAGGAGAUCAAUAAACAUUGAUCUUGAAUG